CACGUCAGUUCAGUUUAGUUUCAGCCCGCAACCGUGGCGCGCGUAGCAUUACGCGCGUGCAUACUUUUUUUCCCGCCAUUCAGUGAAAAAGUUUUGUGUUGUGUUAUUCAAACAUUGUACUGGAACUCCAGAAAUUCAACACUGUUUGAUAUACUGUAGAAUGUGGUAGAAGAAAGAAGAAAUAAGGAAACCUUACAAAAUUUUCCAAUAUGUCUAACGCCGUUGAAAAUGGUAUUGGCGAUGAAGCUCGUGGAAAUACAUAUUACUUCUCUAAGGGCAGAACAAGCGCAUCUUUAUGGCAAAGAAUUAGUUUAUUUGUAUCAAUAUAUUGGAAGGCGCUUAUAGUAGUCUUCACUCCUUUAAUUUUACUACCUAUACCAAUUUUAAAUGCUGGAUCCGAAUCAGCCAAGGCCUUCAAAUGCAUGUACGUAGUGCUCAUCAUGGCGACCUAUUGGGUGCUGGAGCUCCUCCCCCUCCCAGUCACCUCCAUGCUACCUAUAGUGCUUUUCCCCACCCUGGGCAUCCUGGAUUCAGAUAAAACCUGCGCCGCUUACAUGAAGGAAACCAACAUGAUGUUCAUGGGCGGACUGAUGAUUGCUGCUGGCGUGCAGCAUUCGAAACUGCCCAAAAGGGUGGCGUUAUGGACCGUGCAAGUGGUUGGAUGCUCGCAUAGAAGGUUAAACCUCGGGCUUACCUUUGUGACGAUGUUCAUAUCCAUGUGGGUGUCCAACGCCGCCGCCACUACCAUGAUGGUGCCCAUCGUGGAAGCCAUUUUGGAAGUUUUCGAACAGCAAGGAUUAGGGGAUGUUUACAUUAACAAGAAGAAAGCUCUACCCGAAAAUGGCAAGGAUGUGAAAUCUGCCCAAGACAAAAAUGGCGAAGAAGAGUCUCCAAUACCUAGUGACAUAACGGUGUGUUACUAUCUGAGCAUCGCUUACGCGUCGACACUCGGCGGUUGCGGUACGCUCGUCGGUACGGCCACCAACUCCGCUUUCAAAGGCAUCUUCGAUUCGGAGUUCCCCGAAAUAUCAGGCGCUGUAGACUUCUUCUGGUUCAUGGCGUACAGUACGCCGCCUAUGCUGCUGAUGCAGCUGCUGGUGUGGAUCUCCCUCCAGGUCACCUUCAUGGGGCUGUUCAGACCGAACAGUGAAGCAGCCAAAAAGGUGAACGCGGCGUCAUCCGGGUCACAGAACACGAUGAAGGUGAUCAGCGACCAGUACAAGGGCUUGGGGCCUGUCACGUUCCAUGAAAAGUCGUCUGGUAUGCUGUUCAUAUUGGCUGUAUUCCUGUACAUCUUCAGGAAGCCUGGUUUCAUGCCCGGUUGGGCUGAUGUCAUCACCACAAUGAAAGUGAAGGACGGCGUCGUGUCCAUGCUCAUUGUGAUACUGAUGUUCGUGAUACCCAUGUCGAUGGACUUCGUCAAGUUCUUCUCCUCGUCCUCUUCGUAUGAAGAGUUGGUGCAGUCCAAGCCGUCGCCCAGCAUUGUCACGUGGAACAUUUUGAAGGAAAAGAUCCCUUGGGGCCUGCUUUUCUUGCUUGGUGGCGGGUUCGCGCUCGCCGAGGGCAGCAAGGCGACCGGUCUGUCCUCCAUGAUAGGCACCUCCCUGAACGGUCUACAUGGUCUCCACCCGGCCGUGGUGCUGCUGGUGGUGGUGCUGGUGACGCAGUUCAUCACCGAGUUCACAUCCAACGUGGCGAUUGCUAACCUGAUACUGCCAGUCUUGGCUAAUAUGGCCCGCACGCUGGACAUGGACCCGCGCUACCUGAUGGUGCCGGCGACGCUGGCGUGCUCCAUGGCCUUCCACAUGCCCGUGGGCACGCCGCCCAACGCCAUCGUCGCGGGCGUCGCGCACAUCCCCACCUCCAAGAUGGCCGUCGGGGGUAUCGGGCCGAAAAUCAUAACCACCCUGAUCGUCUGGGGCGCGUACCCCACAUGGGGCUCGCUGAUCUUCAAGCCGUCGGACAUCGCUGCCCUCAGCGGGCCCGCCAACCCCGCCGCCACCGUGUCCCCCCUCGCCCAGAACUUGACCCUCAACUGCGGCGUGACCCCCAACACCUUGGCCCAAGUGAGGCACUUCAACUGCUCGGUGCCGACCAACCCCGUACUGCUGGCGAAUAACGCGACUUCAGGAAUAUUCCAGGGACUCUUCUCAUGUGAUUAUUCCCCAUUGAAAAGUUAGAUGAAGGGGGUAGAGGGGGGGGGGGUAGUUCAAAUAUACUGGCGAUCCGCCCGCGGUUCUCUCGCGUAUUCUGUUUAAGAGCUUAAAUUAUUUUUUGUGACCCAAGUUUGUCCAGGUCGUCGACUAUUUUCAUGAAAAAUUUCAUCGAAUUUAGCGCAGUAGUCUAGCAAAACACGACGGACUAACAGACGUGCAUGGUAAUUAUGUUUGAAUAGAUCGACACUAUUAAAACUUGAAAGAACGAAGUAACAAUAUCAGAAAUUUUUUAAAAGAAUAGAAAAAAUUCGAUCACGGGGCGGGAUUCGAACCCGCGUUUCUUGCCUAACCGUUGCAACCGUGAUCGCAUUUUUUCUUUUCUCUCAAAAAAUUUCUCAUUUAUAAAAGCAUUUCAAUGCUAUAAAACUAAAAAUUAAAAAGAAGUAACAAUAUGUUUUCAGUUAAACGGUGCUAAAAAAUGAUCAAUAUUUUAUAUACAUUUAUCAGCGAAUUUAUAACGAAUUUCUCUUAUGUGAUAUUCAUAAAGAACAAUAGACAAUAAUUAUACCAUUUAUGUGCCAAAGUAGUGCGAAUAUAUAAUAUAUAAUAUAAAGGAUAUAUAUUAGUUUUUAUACAAAACAAACUGUAAAUAUAACAAUAUACAAACAUAUACUAUUAAUAUUGUCAUUUUAUAAAACUUCAUUUUGGUGUAAUCAUGGAAACUGUUACAAAUAAAAAAAUAAAAAUGGCGGGAUCUGUAAUCUAAUAAUAUAGUACAAUAGUAAUGUUACCGCGAAUAAUUGAAUGAAUAUUUAAAUAUUCACCAUUUUGUGUUGUCGGCCAUCUUUAAUUUGAAAUUUACUAGUCAUUCCCUUUGAUUUGAUACCCAUGUCGAGGGGAUUAAAAAAAUCCAUCAAGGAUCGCCAAGAAUCUACGCAAAGUAUGCGAAUUUCAAAUGGAAAAAACCGCAUCGAAAUCGAUCCAUUCGUUUAAGAGCUACGAUAUUACAGGCGCAGAUUUCAAGGUCAAUCUGUAAAUACCCCUCGUUUUGCGUCGGAUGUUAAAAAUGUUUAUAUUAUUACCCAAUAUAUUGUUAUUUUCUUAAUUUUUCAAAUGACGAUCGGUCUUUCAAAUGAUUUAAAAAAAAAAAUCCCGUCAAACUAUUGGUUUAUUAGUAAAGUUGUAUCGAACAAAAAACACCCUAAUCGGUCCAUCCGUUUAAGAUGGAAUUUAGGAUGCGAGUGAACCAACAACGAUAUUUUAUUUAUUUUGUUAAAAUGAAAUGGAAACACGGGUGUGGCUUUGGUGAUCUAGUUUUGUAAUUAGUCUAAUAAAGUGUUUUUAAUUAUAUCUGUAGUUCCUAGUAAUAAAAUAAGAUUAUAUUCUUCGGCCUUAAUAUAAAUUAUAUUUAAAUGAUAAACGUUAUAUAAUAAUUAUAAUGACUUGUUUCUGGAAAAAAGAUAAAUUAAUAUUUUUAAGAAAUCUCCAAUCGCUAAUUAUGUUUUAUUAUUAUAAUAAUUUUUUUUUACUGACGGUUUCGCAACGUUUGGAUGCUGGCCAGCUUAUCUGUCAGUUAAAAAACGUUAAAAAUCUUAUCAGCGUCUAUCAGCAACGAAACCUAUUGAAAGUGACGUACAUUAAAAAACCCCUAUAAAAUUUUAAAAUCAGUGCUUACGCUUUACUGUUUCCUUCCUUCUUAAAUAAAAUAACUUGAAAGUGACAGAGACAGAACAGCGAGUUUCUCUCACCUCUAUACAGCGUGUCCCACGUAUGGUGUACUAUGCUCUAUGGAAACAUAUAGUUUUUCAUACGUUGGUUACGUAAAAAAAAGACAUAUAUUCCCCGGUUUUUUUUUCUAUUAUAUAAUUUCUAAAACCUCUGUGUGUACACCCCUAACUGACAUUCCGCCGACCUUGACCACCAGCACGCGCACGUGUAAGAUUGUUUUCAUAGACAAUUCCCGCAUUAGCGGUGCGGUAAAUAUCGGUUCCGCGAAUUUAGGGAUGUAACAAACGGUUUAAUAA